GUCUCCUUCUGGUUCCCAUUACAAUGAUCAAGUGUGCCGUGCUGCUGCUCCGCAGUGCUUCUCUCGACUCUCCGGCAUACUGUGGAUCCUCUGCGCCUCUGUCAGUGCUGAUGACUGUGAAGUAGCUAUGCAUGUUAUGUUACCUGGAGGAUUUUGGCUCGCUUCUCCACGUGGUGAUAGGUACAUUUAAUUUCUGUCACCAUCUGGCUAUUCCAGUCCCUUCACACCCUAGAACACAGUCAGCCAUGCUGGAUGCAGCUGAAUAACGAGUAGCAUCGGGGGGAGAAACUCCAGUUUUUCUUAACUCCCAUCAAAGGACUGCUAUUUUUGUGUUUAGAAUGAGAAACUGAGCAGGGACAAAGUGAAAAUAAAGUAAGAGCGAAGGGGCCAAAGUGCUUGUGUUGGUGACAGAAAAGAAGAGCCAUCCUUUCAGUAGGUUGGCAGUAGCUGAGGCAGCCAGGCCCUGAGGAUGACCAGCCUGUUCAGGCGCAGCAGCAGCAAUGGAGGUUCCAGAAGCAGUGGAAGUGGUGGGGGUGGUGGCAGUGGACAGGGGCAGCUCAACAACAGCAGGCCCAACAGGCAGGUCCGCCGCCUGGAGUUCAACCAGGCUAUGGAGGACUUCAAGACCAUGUUCCCCUCUAUGGACUAUGAAGUAAUUGAGUGUGUGUUGCGUUCCAAUAAUGGAGCUGUGGACGCUACCAUCGACCAGCUGCUCCAGAUGAGCAUUGAUGGACAGGGAUCAGAUGACAGCUCAGACUCUGAUGACAGCAUCCCACCAGAGAUUCUAGAGCGGACGCUUGAACCUGACAGUUCAGAUGAGGAACCGCCUCCAGUCUACUCUCCACCAGCGUAUGAUAUGCACAUGUAUGACAGGAAAUACCCAGAAGCCCCACCAACACCCCCACCAAGAUUUGAAGCCCAGCCGCCUCCAGGUCACCAGCAGGUCAGAAGCUACCGGAACUGGAACCCUCCUCUGCUUGGAAACCUCCCAGAUGAUUUCCUGAGGAUCCUCCCACAGCAGUUAGACAGCAUACAGCAGAGCUCUCAGAGCAGUCUGUCACAGCCCUCAUCAUCCUCUUCUUCAGUCUCUUCAAUAAGCCACUGGACAGCCCAGUCAGGUUCGCAGUCUGGAGCCGCGGGGACCACCGGAGGCCCAGGUCUGACUGCAGGAGCUACAGAGCAAGACAAAAAACUUAAGCAGUAUCUGGAAGACGAGCGCAUCGCCCUGUUCCUACAGAACGAGGAGUUCAUGAAAGAGCUGCAGCGAAACCGGGAGUUCCUCAUUGCCUUAGAGAGAGAUCGCUUGAAGUAUGAAUCAAAGAAAUCAAAGUCCAAUCAUUCAUCUAGCAUGGAGAAUUCCACAGGAGAACAGUACUCUGCAGCGUCAAUGGAGGCUGCCUCAGAUGAUGCCCUGUUCAGAGACAAACUCAAACACAUGGGCAAAUCAACGAGAAAGAAGCUGUUUGAAAUUGCCAGAACCUUCUCAGAAAAGACAAAGAGGAAAAAGUCAAAAAGGAGGAUGCUCCUGAAGCACCAUUCACUGGGCACAGCCAACUCCACAGCCAAUCUCCUUGAUGAUGUAGAAGGAAACCCCUGUGAGGAAGAUGGUCAACCUGGAAGAGCAGUCACUCAGGAAGAGAAUGAACAGCGCAAUGAGCCAGUAUCAUGAUCCUCCCAUGCUGCACCAUAUCAUGGUUACCAUGGUGACGGCAGCAUGACCCAUGGGUGGUGCUUGGAGCUCUUCUUGUCCCCAUGUGCUCACCGCACCCUAAUACAAACCAGCCAAUGUGAGGCUCAGCAGUGAGUGGAGAACCCCCUCCUUCCCAGGGAGAGGAACUGGACUGUUCCCAGCAUUGGGCUAACUGUCUAUAAAUGCAUUAUCUCUGUAUUAUAACACUUUGUUGAUAUAUCAUUUUAAAUGUAAAGGAAAAUGCAUUAGUCCUUACCAGUAUUUCUUAAUUGCUUCCUCUAAACCUCCACUGAGAGGAACACUAGCUGUAGUGAUGAACUUGCCAUAUGAACCUUUGUUACUUUUCCAGUCCUGCACAGUAGCAAACUGUAUGUUUCAGAUUAGGGUCCCUCAGGCUGGGCAUUUCAAAUCCAAAGUGUGCACAUGCCCCUUUAUAUACACUAAAACCAUGUAGAGCUUUUUUACCAUGUUUUCUUAAUCAGAUUGUAAUAUUUUGCAGUUUCUGAAUGUCAGGGGUUAUGUAACUGAAAUUCUCAUGUGUCAGACUAUUGUGGCCAUUAAAGUUGGGGAUGCCCAAAUGUCAACACUUCUCCAUAGCCAUUAUAAGUAGUCUAUCACACUUAGUGUACUGUGUUCACCAAGCAUGUGUGCAUCCAAUGCUGCAGAGUUUGGGCCAUUGUACUAGUUUGGUUUGUUUGGCAAGGUAACAACAAUGUCAUUGAAUCUUUUGUAGCACUACAAACAGCACAGCUGCACAGGUAAAGCUCAUGAUUAGCCCCAGAAAAUCAAGUCAGGAUGACGGAACAACAGAUAAUGUUCACACAGCUUCAAAGGUAGUUGAUACAAAGUGAUGUCUAACCACAUCUAAAGGCAGAAAUGUUGAUAGUUCCUCUGAAUGGGUAUACUAGAAAUCUGUCCUUAUUCAUUCAGGGUGAUUCACUUGGUUUUACACAUGAAAACUGACACAGUUCUGUGAUUAAUCAAGCAUUCUAUGUGAAGCAUAUUGAUGGAUCCCUUGUGAGAAGUGAGGUCAGUUUUUUUUUCAGUCUCAUAUGGCUGCAUUGUACCUGCAAACUUGCAGGCAGAUCAAAUCCAUCCAUUCUUUCAAUUUUAUCCCAACACAAUAAUGAUUUUCAAGAUGGUUUUCAAAAUGUAGUGAAAUGACCAAAAAACAGCUGCUACAGAAGGUAGAAUUGUUAGAAAAAUGUAAAAAGAAAGGAGAGCCACUACUGUAAGGACCCAGAGUUUGACCCCCAGUGGCAAUACUUCAAUACAGUGAGGGUUCUCAGCCUUGUCACUACAUGAGUGAUCUUGCUUACUGGUUAGGGCACUGGAACUGAAGGAAGUAGAAAUGAACCCCUGACAUGUUCCACCCUCAUGUGAAGCCUGUUGCUAACAGGUGGAGACACCAUAUCCAUAUGUCACAGAGGUAGCACAUGUCUGUCUGCAACCCUCCCCAGGAUAGCAGGACUGUUAGCAGUGGCCAGUUGCAUAGUGUGGCACUUAAUGUUCGGUAAAACUGUGUGUCCAAAAUCCACAGUAAAAGUUUGAGAAUAUUACAGUAUGCUGAGGAGAAACAUAAAGGACAUUCUGUUUAAAAAUAAAAGCGUAGCAUUAUAAAUUCGGUACACUUCAGAAUAAAUGCUGACAUAUGAUUUUUAAAGUCAUUUCCUGUAGUUGGAUGGGAUUAUGUGUUCCAUGUCCUGUAUUUUUGGGCAUUACUGAAAUGUUUUUCUUGACAAAAACAUUGUUGUCACCUCGCCUAAUGAACCAAACUGAGUCUGAAUCGUCUGCUCUAAACAUGCUCGCUGUGAGCUUCAUUCACUGCUCCAUUAAUACAGAACUUAGCUAACAUUCUGCCAGGUUUCCACAACUCUUGCUGUGAGACAUUUUGCAAGAUAUUUUGGAAAUAAGGUAUAUCACUCACACUACUUUGCCAUAUCACAGAUUGUCCCUGGAGUCUUUGAACCAGUCGUCUUUGUUGAGGUCAUCUGCUUUUGAGCGAUGGGGAACACAUUUCUAACAUGUAUGUUCUUACUGUGAAUAAUGGCAGUUGAUGGAUAUGUCUGGGAAAGCAUCUUGAAUUGGAUGAUCACCCUUUGAAGACUCAUUCUUAAAGGAUGCUGAUAAAACUAGAACUGAAGUUGAUCAAAAUGACUUGAGAUUCACAUCUACCCUGUUGGUACACAACCCUCCUCUGAAUACCCUUAUCAUUUGUGUGUGUAGAUGUGAACUUAGUAUGGAUUAAAUAAGUAGUAAACGUUUGUAACCUGUGUGAGCAGAAGAUGCUAGGAGAGGAACAGAACAUGUGUUAAUAGAAGGUUCCAAGAAAACAGACUGAAUUUAAGCUUGAAACUAAAUGGAUAAAAGAAUGUUUCCUUUCCCUGUGCAUAAAACCUUUUUGUAUUACUUCUACAAUUCAAAUUAAACUCUGAAAGUUUCUCAAUUUAUCAAAGUGAAAUUAUUACAUUCCCCAAUUAAUAUAUUCCCUUAAAGGUGCUAUUUAGCUAAUAUAGUGUAAAGUUUGGAUUGGCAGUGGUUUUGAAUACUGAACUUGUAACCACCAGUGUUGGUGCUUGUUUAAAGCUGUUAAAGUCCUGUAUACUUUACAGAAGGAUGUUGUAGAGCUUUACAUUUCUGUAUUUCAGAAUGAUUUUUCUUCCCUUUUUUAUGUUACACAGAACAACCUAAACUUGCCUGACUUAGGUCUGUAGUCUUUUUUUUUUUUUUUUUUUGCCAUUUUGACCAUAAAAAACAGCUUUCAAAUGCAUUGUGUAAUCUUCAUCAGCAGGUUUGUUCAGUUGAACUCAGUUUUUGGCAAAGUACUGCUUCCAAUGUCUACAAUAAACUUUGACCCUUGAGUAACUUCCACCAAUGUGUGGUCUAGAUGGAGUCAAGUUUGUUGUAACUUUUUUUUCUUUUUUGGAGUUACAAUUUUAGUAAAUAAUGCAAUGUUAAGGCAAAUCACACUCUAAAUUCAAAAGUCUGUGUUGAGUUUACUGUGUGACUGUGAUCAACAGUUAGAUGAAUAUUGAGGAGCUUAUUUAUUUGGA